UCGCCACUACAAAACCCCGAGAGUCGGCAGAGUAUAUAUAAAAAUAGAAAGCAUGCAUAGUAUAACUAUAAUUAAUAUAUACAACCUCCCAAAAAUGGGUGAUCCUUUUGUCUGCCUCCUCAAAACUCGCUGCUUCACCUUCUCUUCCUCCUUCCUUCCCUCCAGACCUUUUCUGCACAGCAAGCUCAGAACUCGGACUCCGCUUGGAUUUCCAAAGCCAAGGCCAACGACGACGACGCUUCCGCAUUCAUCAUCGUCGUCGUCAUCGUCAUCGUCAUCGUCAUCGUCAUCAUCACAAUUCGUUCUCAUUUCGACUACCGAGUGCUCGGACGGUAGCGUCGUCUUCCGAUUUGGCGACGAGAGCGAGAAGGCUGCUUUUGAUGAGAUUAAUAGUCGUCUGGAUGCGGAAUUGAGUGAAGGAUUGGUUGGGGAAAGCAAUGUGGAAGAAUCGGAGAUUGAUGCUUCUCCGGCGAGUUCACCUGAGGAGACUGCCUUCCUUGAUUUGACCACGGCGGAUGAAGUCCAAAGCUCAGCAGUGUUAGGUGACAGCUUCCCUUCCACAGAUUCACAAGGUGUAUUCACAGAGGGUGAAUCACACAGCAGGGAUGUUUCAGGAGCAUCAGCUCCUAGGAAAUUGGAAUUCCAUACAAUUGAAGGCUCAGAGGGGUAUCCUUCCACAAUUUCAGAAGAUGAAUUGAUAGAGGGUGAAGCACACAGAAGAGAUGUCACAGGAGCAUCAACUCCUAUGCCAGUGGAAUUGCAUACAUCUGAAGGCUCUGAGGGGUAUCCUUCUGCAAAGUCAGAAGAUGAAUUAACAGAGGGUAAAGAAGAUAGAAGAGAUGUCACAGGAGCAUCAACUCCUGCGCCUGUGGAAUUGCAUACAUCUGAAGGCUCUGAGGGGUAUCCAUCUACAAAAUCAGAAGAUGAAGUAACAGAGGGCAAAGAACAUAGAAGAGAUGUCACAGGAGCAUCAACUCCUACGCCAGUGGAAUUGCAUACAUUUGAAGGUUCUGAGGGGUAUCAUUCUACAAAGUCAGAAGAGGACUCAACAGAGGGUAAAGAAGAUAGAACAGAUGUCACAGGAGCACCAACUCCUAGGACGGUUGAAUUGCAUGCUGUUGAAGGCUCUGCGGGAUAUCCCUCCACAAAGUCAGAAGAUGAAUUGACAGAGGGGAAAGCCCAUCAAAGAGAUGUCUCAGGAGCAUCAACUGAUAGGACAGAGGAUAUGCAUACUGUUGAAGGUGCUGAGGAGAAUGCUUCCAUAAAUUCAGAGGAUGAAUUUGCAGAUGAUAAAACACAUAGAAGAGAUGCUUCAGGAGAAUUAAUUCCUAGGAUAUUGGAAUUUCAUUCAGUUGAAGGCGCUUUGGGGUAUCCUUUAACAAAAUCAGAAGAUGAAUCAACAGGGGGUAAAGAACAAAGAGAUGUUUCAGGAGCAUCAACUCCUAGAACAGUGGAAUUGCAUACAGUUGAAGGUGCUAAGGGGUAUGCUUCCACAAAGUUAGAAGAUAAAUUCGCAGAGGGUAAACUAGAUAGAACAGAUGUUUUAGAAGCAGCAACUCCCAGGACAGUGGAAUUGCACACAGUUGAACGUGCUAAGGAUAGCCCUUCAAAAAAGUUGGAAGAUGAAUUCACACAGGGUAAAGCACAUAUAAGAAAUGUUCCUGGAGCAUCAACUCCUAGGAUAGUGGAAUUGCAUACAGCUGAAGGCGCUGAAGGGGAGGACAUCUCUGCACUUCUACUAUCAACUGGUGCUGCAUUAUUACCGCAUCCCUCAAAGGCAUUGACAGGUGGGGAGGAUGCUUGCUUUGUUGCUUCCGGAAACUGGCUAGGUGUGGCUGAUGGAGUUGGUCAGUGGUCACUGGAAGGGAUUAAUCCUGGGCUAUAUGCCCGUGAACUCAUGGAGAACUGUGAAAGGUUUAUAUCCGAUAGCAAAGGUAUACCAUUGACUAAACCAGAAGACGUCCUUGUUAGAGGUGCUGCUACACAAACAAAAUCUCCUGGUUCAUCUACAGUUUUAGUCGCUUACUUUGAUGGUCAGGCCCUCCAUGUGGCAAACAUUGGUAACUCAGGAUUUAUCAUAAUCAGAAAUGGUGCUGUUUUUAAGAGAUCAUCUCCAAUGAUUCAUGGCUUCAAUUUUCCAUUACAAACUGUCAGCGGCGUUGAUCCCUCGGAACUAAUAGAGAAAUACAGUAUAGAUUUGGAUGAGGGAGAUGUCAUUGUCACUGCAACGGAUGGCCUUUUUGACAACUUGUAUGAUCAAGAAAUCACUUCAAUUGUAACCAAGUCAUUCCAAAGGAGAAUGAGACUUCAGGAUAUAGCAGAGUUCUUGGCCGCUAGCGCACAGGAGGUUGGGCAAUCUACUUCUAGAAGAAGCCCAUUCGCAGAUGCAGUUGAGGCAACUGGGUAUGUGGGAUAUACUGGUGGCAAGCUCGAUGAUGUGACAGUUAUUGUGUCGCUUGUACAGAAGAAAAGCAGCUGUUAGUAUGCCAUCAUCCCAUGACACAAAGUAAAGCAGCAUAUGUUGUAGCUAAGCUUGCAUAUAAAAUGGGUUGGAAGGAAAUCCUAAAGGCUAACAACACUUUACUAUAGUCCCAAGGCGAAGGAGUAUUAGCAAAGCAAAGAAUCUACAAUUCAAGGACCUAACCUAUUACCACACAAUUUCAUGUUAUUCACUAUUUUGUAACUAGUUUUGUUUACAAUAUACAUUUAUAAAUGAAUCAAUUCAUCAAGUAAACCAGCUUGACAUGAGUAGUAGAAUAGUUCGGCAUUGGUUUAGAAC